UCUUUUAAUCUUUCCUCACACAGAACAUCACCCGAGAAACCAAAAAAAACUUACAAAAAUUUGAUUUUUUUUCUUUUGCUUUCCUUCUUCUGGUUGUGACGAUCGGAGAGAGUUCACAGAUUCAUAUUCUGUUUUAAAUUAAUCGAAUUGAUUAGGAAUUGAGGGGGGAGGGAGAAGAGUUUUCGUGUGAAUUGAAUUGUGUGGUGUUGUGAAUCGAGCUCGGUGGGUUCUGAGAUUUGAUUUGGUUAUGGGUUUAGGCAAUAAGCUUAACAAAUUCAAUUUCGGCGGCGAUACCGAUCAUCUCUCCCACGCCGAUGGCGAUCCUCGGGGCGACGAAGGAGGAGGAGAUGGCUUUGGCUCGGUUUCGUGUUCGAUUUGUCUCGAAACAGUGGUUAAAGAAGGCGAUCGAGCGUGGGCUAAUCUUCAAUGUGGCCACCAGUUCCAUCUAGAUUGUAUUGGAUCAGCUUUCAAUGCAAAGGGAGUGAUGCAGUGCCCAAACUGUAGGAAAGUAGAGAAAGGGCAGUGGCUUUAUGCAAACGGUUGCCGUUCACACCCUGAGUUCAAUGUCGAGGAUUGGGUUCAUGAAGAGGAGAUUUAUGAUCUCGGAGGAUACUCUGAAGUGGCUUUUGGAGUUCACUGGUGCCCAUUUGGAAGUUCAGCCCGUCUCCCUUCUUUCGAAGAUGGAGAGUUUUCGCCGAGUUCAUAUCACGAUCUCUUGGGCCAGCAAGGUUACUUUACAGAACUAGCAGCGCCUUCAGCAGGUCACCCAUGUCCAUAUGUAACUUACAUCGGCCCGGUUCAUUCGAUUUCCUCUAGCACUGGAGGUGCUGGUGCAGAGAGUUCGAGUUUCACUUGGAACAACAACACCGGCUCAUCGGUCUCCAGUGAAGUAGUCCCAACUCCUUAUGGGUUCCCUGUGGAUCCCCACUAUCACGGCUGGGAUUAUCACUCCCCUCCACCCCCACCCCCACCGCCACAGCACUUCUCUGUUUCUGGUCCAACUCAGCACACGCCUCCACCAGCUUCUGCAAGGACUUCCCGAGACCACGUUUCAGAUGUUAUCAGACCCAGACCGUUCAUGCGUCCAUCAUAUCAUGGUCACAGUUCCAGUGGUAGAGCGGGGAGCUCAGUGACACCGCCUUUUCCGGGAAGCAACGCUCGGACAAGAGAUAGAACGCAAGCUCUCCAAGCCUAUUACCAACAACAGUCAACUGCACAGUCACACCAACCUGAAUCGCCUGUAGUCUCUCGUGGGCCUGUAUACCAGUCUGGCCGGAGGCGUAUGGGAUCAGCUUCAUCUUCCUCUUCGGAUCAGGCAGGGGGGAGCGGGUUUCUCCGGUUUAACAUAUGGGAGAGGGAGCCGCCUUAUAUGCCACUGCAACAGGCGUACCCGGUUAACCAGAUGGAGAGAGAACCAUCCAUUUGGGCAUCUUCUUUCAGUGAAGGAUCAGGAAGCUUUCAUCAGAGGCAUGGCGGAGGAGGAGGAUCGUCAUGAGAGUUUGAGUCAAGCAGCCGGUAAGAGGCAUAUCUCAUGGACGUUGGGACCCAAAACAUUAAAAAAAGAAGAAACAAUUGGGAAUUUGAAUAUUUUGAGAAAAAAACCUGCAUGCUUAAGUUUAUGUGAUAAAAAUUGAUAAUCUAAAGAAACACAAAUGAAUGGUAUGUAAUGGGUUUUGAGA